AUGAACUCUGAUUUACUGUUAGUGUAUCUUUCAUAUCGUGAUGCGCAACCAUUGCAUUAUCGAGUUUUUGGUGAUAAGUUUAGCGUUCAAGAGCCGAGUGGUAUCUGGGUGCGUGGCGAGAGGUUGCGGGGCUGCUCGAAAUCUGUUGACGAGAAAAAAAGCGAAAACAAAGAAAAUGAGGAUAUAUGUGCAGCUGCAGUAACACCAGCAACAGCAGCGGCAGCAGCAGUAGACAUUUCUUCAAAGAGGGAUGAGGCAGUGUGUACUGAGCGGAUUUCAGCCAUCUCUCUGUUGAAGCUGCGCCCGUCUGUUUAUGAUGCCCCGUGUGUAGGACCGAAAACAAAGGUACGUAAAUGGCUGCAAAAUAUUCCGGAAGAAGUUGAUACUCCACAGGUCAUCCUGGAAGAUGCUCAGAAUGCAACAGAAGAAGCAUCAGGGCAAAACUGUGGUGAAAGUGAAACGAAGCCGGAUGUUUUUGAUAUUCUAAUGAGAAGGCGUUCUUCGACUCCUGGGAAGCCAUCAGCUAAGGAAGCUGUGUCUUCAGCAAAUUGGGAUGAAAUACAGGCAGUUUGUUGGGCAUUCACAUCUGUUGGUAUAGAUGGUAUUGCCGGCGCACUUAUUGCAGUUUUUUUCUUCUCUGAAGACCAAUAUUUUCUACUUUGCGACUGUCCAAACAUUAUUUCUUCGACAUUUGCAGUUUUGGCCGAGGAAAGCAUUGUGGAUUGUGCUCCAUUUCCAAGCAUUUCGAACGUUGGCUACGCCCAAAUUGCACCAGUUCAUUAUGAGUUACCAUUUAAAGAACGUCCAUGCGUUACGCCAGAUGCAGCUUCAUAUGCUGCAUUUUCAUUCCGAAAGAUCGUAUCGGAAAAAGAAAUGGCUGGACACAAAAACGCUGAACCAUGCGCUGCUAGUAUUCCAGCCACUGGCAAUAAAAACAAAAAAAGGGUAAGGCGAAAGUCGCAGUGGAAAGUUAAGUCUCAGUUGAACAUGCAAGAAUUGGAACAAAAUUUGUGGAGCGAAGUGAGUAGGCCUGUGGAAACGGAUGAACUGUCGACAGACAGAGGCACAACGCGUGAACUACGCAGUUGGCUUGAAGCCUGGAAAACGCGACUACACAGAAGCAGAAAUCACCAAACAGGUAGCAGUUUGAUUGAAAUUUCAUCACCGUGUAACUUCCGACGGGGAUUUUGCUAG